UUCCACUCUGUCCUUACACUGAACCCACUGUCUCACUUUCUUCCUCCUUCCUUUUCUGUUAGUUAAAACUAACCCUCCCUUCCCUUCCCUUCCCCCUUCCUCCACUCCCAACUUUUGUCUCUUUGUCUUUUCUUCCAUCACACUCUUCCCCUUUUUUUUCUUCUCCCUUUAUCUCACCAUUUACUCCACCACAUCCUUAUGGGAAACAACUGUUGUUCUCCCUCCAAGACUCGCUCCAAGAAAUUAACCCCGACCCCCGAAAUGGAGUUCCAUUCCAAGGCUCGCCCAAACAAAUUAACUCCGACGCCGGAAAUGGAGUUCCAUUCCAAGCCUUGCUCCAAGAAAUUAACUCCGACGCCGGAAAUGGAGUUCGAUUCCAUCAAGAUCAAGCCGCCGCCGCCGCCGCCUACCACCACUCCCACCGUCAAGUUGUACGGCUCCGCCACCAGCUCUCUCACCGCUUAUACUCGUUUUGCGCUUCUUUAUAAGUCUGUUUCUCCUCAGUUUGUUGCUUCUAAUAUGGAAACCACGGUGCAAAUCUGCGCCGGUUUUGACUCUGCGACGGGAGAUCGCGAAACGCUGCUGCGUUUCGUGGAGAGCAGGUUUCCUCAACCGCCUUUGACGGCGGUGACGGUGAUAAGGGAUGAUUAUCGGGAGAAGGUUUAUGAUGACGUGACGUCGCCGGUUAUAGUGAGGGUGGUGGUGCUGCAGCACAAGAGUGUGAGGUGGCACCUAGAGAGGAUUGUGAGGUGGGCGGAGGAUCUGGCGAAACGUGGCGGGAAGAAGGCGGUGGAUCCGGCGGUGGGGAGUCCGAGGAUGGAGAUAAGGAAGUUCGGGAAGAGCUACUCGCAGCUGCUGGAGUUGAUGUUAGAACACGCCCAAAUGGAGGAGAGAGUUGUGUUUCCGGUGCUGGAAAUGGCUGAUCGAGGACUUUGCAAGGGUGCAAAUGAAGAACAUGCAAAGCACCUCCCCAUAAUGAAUGGCAUCAAAGAAGACAUCAAAUCCAUCGGAGUUUUAGAUUCCGGAACCCCUGUUUAUCAAGAAGCUCUUUACAACCUUUCCGCUCGCCUCAAAUCCUUACAGGGGCAUUGUAAAGAGCAUUUUGAGGAGGAAGAAAGGGAUCUACUGCCAUUGGUACAGGCCACAGAGAUGAGCAAAGAGCAACAGAAGAAAAUACUGGUUCAGUGUGUGAGUACGAUGCAGGGGACUCACUCACAUUUGUUUAAAGUUUUCCUUGAAGGACUUCUCCCACAGGAAGCCAUGCUGUAUCUGGACUUGAUCACCGACGCCGUCGCCAAGAACCAACUCUCUCCAUGUUACUUAUGAUUGAUCGUUCAGUGUUCAGAUUUAGCGUGAAUGAAAUUUGUCCCAGUAAUACUGGGUUUAGGGAUUAUGUAACUUGAAAUGUAAAACUUGUAACAGUAACGGUUUACAAAUUACAAGUUUUAUGUAGUAUUUACGAAAAUCUCGGUAGUCCUUUAAGAUUGAGAUAGAACUUGGGCCUGUUUAUUCGGCUAGAGUUCAUGUAUAUUAGUUAUGGAUGGUAGUUUAUGGUUUUCUGGAAUUGAAGAGAGAAAGCUUUUAUAAUUUGCAGAGCAGGUUUGUGCAGAGAAAUGGCAUCUUAUUAGUAUUUUGUAAUAGGAGAAGACAGGUAAAAUGUGUAAAAAUAUAUGUUCGUUACAAAGAAACUGUCAGUUUUAUGAUGAAUAAAGAUUGGUGUUGGAAUU